GCUCCACCACGCCUCCAGCCGGCAGCCGUGUCUCUCCGUGUCGCCUGCUUUGGACCUCCGUCCUCAACUCGACUCGCUCGAAAUGGACCCCAACUGCUCCUGCUCCACCGGUGGCUCCUGCACGUGUGCCGGCUCCUGCAAAUGCAAGGAGUGCAAAUGUACCUCCUGCAAGAAGAGCUGCUGCUCCUGCUGUCCCGCGGGCUGUGCCAAGUGUGCCCAGGGCUGCAUCUGCAAAGGCGCAUCGGACAAGUGCAGUUGCUGUGCCUGAUGUGGGGGAGCCUGUGCCCGAAGUAAACACAGCCAUGUGUACACACCUGCAGUUUUAAAACAUUUUUCAUACUACCCUGACCCAUUUGCUACAUUUCCUGUUUCUAUGAAGUACCUGAGUUAAAAUAAAAAUUGUUGAGUUUAAAAAAAAAA